GUGAAGAACCAUAGCAAAGUGAGGCAGGUGAAUAAAUUACCAGGACCAGCAGCACUGCCGAUCCUAGGAAAUGGGCACCAAAUGGCCCAGACACCGAGUGGUCUCUUGAGUCAGCUCUUUCAGUGGUGGGUGGAUUCCGACUACCAAAAUUAUCGCGUGCACAUCGGUUACUAUCGCAAUAUUAUUAUCACAAAUGUCAAAGAUUUGGAGUUUAUUUUGACAAGCAAAACUCUGAUAGACAAAUCAGAUAUUUAUGAUAUGUUUCAUCCAUGGCUAGGUACUGGUCUGCUCACCAGCACCGGACGAAAAUGGUUCACACACCGCAAAAUGAUUACACCAUCGUUUCAUUUCAAGAUUUUGCAACAUUUUCAUGAAGAUAUGAAUCAGAAUUCAAACAAAUUUAUCGAAAAACUACGCAUCGUCGCGCAUGGCGAUAACAUUUUCGAUUUUCAAGAAAUGACGCACUAUCUGACGAUGGAUGUGAUUUGUGAUACUGCGAUGGGCGUGCAUAUAGGUGCGAUGGACAAUCAUGAUCAUGAAGUUGUGCAGGCGUUCAAAGACAUGUGUUACACCAUAAAUAUGCGCGCUUUUCAUCCAAUCAAACGUUCGAAUACGUUAUACAAAUUUACGCCGGACUAUCCAAAAUUCUGCAGAACACUAAAAAUUUUAGAAGAUUUCACGAAUGAGGUUAUUAAAAAGCGCAUAGCCGCACGCAAACUAGAAGACACUCGGUCUGAGCGUGGAGAGGAGGAUGAGUUCUCUAGCAAAAAGCUUGCUUUUCUUGACACUCUGCUGUCUUCCACAAUCGAUGGCCGGCUUUUAACGCAACAUGAGAUAUACGAGGAGGUAUCGACAUUUAUGUUCGAGGGGCACGAUACGACCACGUCAGGCAUAGCUUUCACUAUUUAUUUGCUCUCACUGCAUCCUGAGAUACAGAAAAAAGUAUAUGCAGAGCAGCAAAGAGUGUUGGGUGAUAACCUGAAUGGAGAAACGACCUUCCAACAAAUUGCCGACAUGCCGUAUUUGGACAUGGUAAUAAAGGAAACGAUGCGUCUAUAUCCCAGCGUACCGAUGGUUGGUAGGCGCACGGAAAAGGACUACGAUAUAAAUGGCUUUGUGAUUCCGCAGGAUACCGCUCUUAACCUAUUUCUAAUGGCACUUGGCUACAAUGAAAAGCAUUUUCCCGAUCCAUAUCGAGUGGACCCGGAGCGUUGGAAUGCGGAUAAGCGUGCGCAGAAUCCCUUUGAAUAUGUUCCCUUCAGCGCGGGCCCAAGAAAUUGCAUUGGACAAAAGUUCGCGCUGCUGGAAAUAAAAACGGUGGUUUCGAAGGUAGUGCGCACUUUCGAAAUCCUACCACCGCUGGAUGAACUGGCCUCGAAAGAUGGCUACUCGAGACACUUCCUUGGUUUGCCAGUCGAAGAACAAAAUAAACGAUUACCCAAUCCGAGCAAGUAUGAUCCCAUUUUGUCGGCUGUGCUGACCUUGAAAUCGGCGAAUGGCAUUUUUGUGCGACUAAGAGAGCGCAUUUAAAGGCGCGCCAUUAUGAUUAGUUGUUCUUAAUAUUACCAAUUUGGCUGACUCAUAAGUACUUAUUUGUUAAGGUAAAUUUAAAUAAAUUUUGGAAAAUUUAUUACA